AUCUCCAGCGGGCCCGCCUCCUCCUGAGGCUUGUGCCCAGGGAAAGCUUCAGGAAUCUGCAUGCAGUCAGCGCAAUGUGUCGGUCCCGCUGACCCUGACCGGACCGGUCCUCUUGUGUGAUCAUGACUGAACCUUCUGGCUUCAGGUGACCCGAACAUGACCUAACAGGAGCGGGUAGAGUCCCCUUCGAGGCCGGGGUGACAUCAUGGCGUCUCGAAUUCUAGGCCGCCUGAAGCGCUCACUGUUUAAGGAUGGCCAGGGGGCGGAGCCUGAACAGGAAGAGGAGGGGUUUAAUAAGGACCGUUGGGAGGCAGAGCUGGAGGAAGAGGAGGAGUGUGUGAGUGAGCGGCUUGGGGGGAUGCUGUGCUUCGACAGCGGGCUCGUGGGACCGGAGGAGGGAGCCGAGGGCGACGGGUCAGGCCUCGACAGCGACUCCGACUUCCUGGGAGAGUCGAUGGAAGAGGGUCUGAGCAGCACAGAUGCCAGUCCAAUGGGUGUGUCCCCAGUGGGCCCCGCCCCCUCCACCCUGCUGACGCGGCAGCUCCAGGAGGGCUGGAGGAGUCUCCGAGGACUUGGAGGAGGACGUCCUGUCCGCUGCGCGAGGUGGUCGAUGGACAACUUGUUGUUUGAGGUGACGGACGCCAGCGUGAUGCAGGAUGGAUCCUCCAAAUACGUGCUGUACACGAUGCACGUGAUCCAGGCCGGCAGCAGCGACAAGACUCCGGCCGUCAUCACUCGCCGCUACUCUGACUUCCAGCGCCUCCAUGGUGUGCUGCGCCGUAACCAUGGAGACCAGAUGGAGCGCGUCUCUUUCCCCCGGAAAAAGCUGCGGAGAAACUUCACGGCGGAAACGAUCGCCAAGCGUAGCCGCGCCUUCGAGCAGUACCUGUCGCACCUCUGCUCCCUUCCUGUCCUGCGGGGGACGGCGACCGUUCGCUGCUUUUUCUACCUGAGCGACCUGCAGGCUGGACAGCUGCUCAUCAGGGCGGGACGUUUCCAGGAGGCUCUGGGUCCGCUGCUCAACGCCAAGAGACUGCAGCACAAACUGGGCUGGACUGGUUACUACGACAACCAGUCACAGGCUCCACCUCCAGGCUCCUCCCAUUGGUUCUUCACCUUGGUUGGGUUGUCGUGCUGUUUCCAGGAAGUGGAGCAGUUGGAGGAGGCUUGUGACCACUGCGACCACGCCCUCUGUGUUCUGACCCCAGCCAAGACUCAGCCAAACCCACAGGACAAGCCCCGCCCCUCUCACCUGGAAUCCGACAGGCUCCACCCACUGUUGCUGCCAUUGCUACAGGCGAUGAUCCGGCUGUCGUGGCAGACGGGAAGAGACAAGCAGCAGUGGGAGGAGCUUCUCCAGUCCCUGGUGGAGCAGAGGGCGGGGCUUGAUGACCACCUAACCAUUAAAGAGUUUCUAGUGAACCAUAACCUGCAGGAGAGCGAAGGGGAGCCCUAAAGGAGGCACCGUAGCAGGAAACAAACCUGAGAUUUUCAGAAUAAAAGUUCACUGUUAAGAGUUAAAUAUCAGAUGUUUUAGCUUUCGUGAAGGUUCUGAUCCUGAGUGGGCGUGUCUUAGAUGUGGAACUUCAAACCAGAACCAAAGAAUUCUGUUGGGUGAGAGGAGAAGCAUCAGAGGUCGUGGAUGAAGACGAGGAUGAAGAUCAGACACGUGGAGAACAGACUGUUGAUUUUCUCCACUUUUAAAGGGAAAAUGUGUCGUUUUAUCAAGUGUUGACCCGCAGCAUCACCACCAGAUCCGGUCUCAGCCUCAACCUGCUUCAGCCACAGCUCCCCGGUUCCACCAGGAACCAAACCUCCUGAAGUUCAAACAGGAAGUUGGCGCUCCACAGGGUUGGGAAUCCGCCUGAUGAGGAACGACGGGAAUCUUUACAGUGGGAUUAAAAGUUCCCUUGUUGGUUUUGGGUUUCUAAUUCAAACGAAGGAGCAGAGGAGCGGGUCAGCUCAGAACUUUCCUGGUCCUGUCUGUCAGACUGGGCCAGAAACCGGGCCAGACGUCUGUGGAAACAGGAGGAGGCAGCUAAGUGAUGCGGGAGCGGGUUAUCAGCAGGAACCAGAACACAAAAUGCCUGGUUCUGACCCGCUGUCGUCGGGUUCGAGGGGAAAAUCCCUGAGAAGGUGGAUCUGGUUGCUAUGGUGAUGGCAGCGAUGACUCGUUAUUGGACCAGAAUAGACAUGAGGAGGUUGGUUGCCUCAGCAGGAAGCUGAUUAGUGAUUUUUAUUAAUGAGGGUUUAUAACUUUGUGAAGGAAACGCUUCCGUCGACGUGUGUAGAUGAACGUGUUAGGACCACUUCACCACCAAUAAAGUCCUGUAUUCUGGUGUC